CUUCAAAUGAGUCCUGGCUUAGACUGUUUUGUUUCAGCUGUUCUUUGAGAGCAGCAUUUUCCUUUUUCAGUGUUUCCUCGUUUUGAAUGAGUUCAGUAAAGUACUCACUAGUAAUAUCUGUCUGGCAAGCUUUACAAUUUAAUUCCUCCACAGUAACACCGGCGUCCAUAGUCUCUUCCAUGGCUGCUUUUGACAGUUCCAUUAAAGCAAUGGCGCCCUCGCUCCUUCGUUCCAGUUCACAAAGUCACGUGAUGUGACGUCACGCUUGAAACGGGUCUAUAAUUGAGGAAAUGAUGAGUCAACAGAGUAGUCCAGAAGACGUUGCAUUUGAACUGGAAAAUUGUCGACUGAAAGAACUUUUAAACAGCUAAAAUAAUUCGUCUUGAAUUUGUUUUAUUUUUGAAUAAGAAGUCUAGAUUUGGUGUUUGCCAGAUAGCCUGUUCAUUUGCCGCGUGUAUUCGAAAAAUGGAAAGCGUGGCGUUUUUCGAGGGCCCAGAGAAACUCCUGGAGAUGUGGUGGACACCGAUAUCAGUGGAACCUGACAGUAGUUGUGGGUUGUCUGGUGAUUUGAGAACCAUUCCAAGUGAGAGCAGCAUGUUUGUGUCCAAAGAACGUCUUAUCCUAAAGACUUGUGGCCAAACAACACUCUUGAAUUGUAUCAAACCACUGAUAGAACUUGCAAAGAAUGAGUGUGGGUUUACUGAAGUGCAGGAUUUCUUUUACUCGCGCAUGAACUACCAAGAACCUAACCUUCAACCUACUCCUCAUCAAACAUUUCAGCAGGAGGUUGAGUGCUUGGAUCAGUUGUUUUCUGAUGGUGCAGGAUAUGCUCUUGGGCGAUUGAAUGGUCCUGACACAUGGUACUUAUACACCUUGCACAACAUUCUUCCUGGAGUAACCCAGCCUGACCAAACAAUGGAGAUUUUGAUGCUUGAUCUUGACCAAGAGGCAAUGAACAAAUUUUACAAGUCAAGUUAUUCUGAUCCUGAUGAAGUGACCAGGGUCACAGGCAUAAGUGAAUUUCUUCCUGAAGCCUUGAUUGAUGCUGCUUUGUUUGAUCCUUGUGGAUAUUCAGCUAAUGGCCUCUUGGAUAACAGCUACUUUAACAUUCAUGUUACCCCACAGAAGGAAUGUUCCUAUGCCAGUUUUGAAACCAAUGUUAAAGUGUCAUGCUACAAGGAGCUGAUAUCCAAAGUUCUUAAAGCUUUUAAGCCUGGACGAUUCCUCAUGACUUUGUUUGCUAACGAGGGUGCACCUUGUGGUUUUUCAUACAAGACUUUUCGAGAAGGAUCUAUACCUGGAUAUCAACUGGAUGAUCUUCAAUUGUCACAAAUGAAGAUGUACAACCUGACGUAUGGCCAUUACAGGAGAAUCGAAGAUAAGCUUCAACAACCUUAACAAGUUUUAACAACCAAGAGGCAUACAUUGUGCACAUUUGCUUUGGAAAUUUUACAACCAGUGGUACACUAAGGCUAAUUAAUGUACACUCGUGUACAGGUACGGUUUUUCGGUGAAGAAAUGUGGUAUAAGAAGGGGGAGAAUAAAAAUCAACUAGAGAAAAUUCUCUAUGCGUGACUGAAUGAAAUAUAACCUAGCAGUCAAAUAAUUCUCUAUUCUUCAUGGCCUAAGGGACAGAAUCUACAUGUGAUUUAAGUUGUAACAUUUGGUAAUGUCUGGUGGCAAGUAAUAGCCAAACUCUAUUUAAACUUGAUGGCUAAUCAGUGUCUUGGCUGUUGCUUUAUAAUGUGAAAAAGAACCUAAGGUGAAUGUUAAGCUGUAAUAAAGUAUCUUGUGCAUCUCAA